AUGCGUUUCUCUACUCUCGCUACCACCAUUUCUAGUCUUUUGGUUGCUGCCUCGCAGGUCUCUGCCAUGGGUGAAUUGGCCUUCAAUAUCGGUGUUAAGAACAACGACGGCACCUGUAAGGACACCAACCAAUACGAAAGUGAUUUGAAGAUCCUGAAACAGUACACGUCCACCGUUAAAGUGUACGCUGUCUCAGACUGUAACACUUUGCAAAACUUGGGUCCCGCUGCCGAGGCUGAAGGUUUCAACGUCUUCUUCGGGAUCUGGCCAAACGACGACGCUCACUACCAGGCUGAGAAGGAUGCUUUGCAAGCGUACUUGCCCUCGUUGAAGCAAUCUACCGUUGCUGGGUUCUUGGUCGGCUCUGAAGCUCUUUACCGUGACGAUAUGACCGCACAACAGUUGGCCGACAGAAUCAAUGACGCCCGUUCCUUCAUCGGCAACUUGAAGGAUUCCGAGGGUAACUCUUACGCCGGCAAGCAAGUUGGUACCGUCGACUCCUGGAACGUCUUGGUCGCUGGUUACAACGCACCUGCUAUCCAGGCCUCCGACUUUGUCAUGGCCAACGCGUUCUCCUACUGGCAGGGCCAGACGAUGCAAAACUCGUCCUACUCCUUCUUUGAUGAUAUCAUGCAAGCUUUGCAAACCAUCCAAACCACAAAGGGCUCCACCGACAUCACUUUCUGGGUUGGUGAAACUGGCUGGCCAACGGACGGUACAAAUUUCCAAGAUUCGCAACCUUCUACCGAAAACGCUCAACAGUUCUGGAAGGAAGCUAUUUGUUCCAUGAGAGCCUGGGGUGUUAACGUCAUCGUUUUUGAAGCCUUCGACGAAGAUUGGAAGCCAAACACCUCCGGUACUUCUGAUGUUGAAAAGCACUGGGGUGUUUGGAGCUCUGGUGACAACUUGAAGUACUCACUAAGUUGUGACUUUUAA